GAGAGAAAGAUAUACGCUUCUCUGUUAAUUAGUCAGGUUCUAAGUUUUGAUCUCCAAGUCUCUGAGAGGGUAGUGGCAUGUCUGGAAUAGUACAUCAUGAUUGUCCUAACUCAGGAAAUCCCUACCACGAGUGCCACGAUCAGUGUUUCAAGAGAAUAAGCUCCGGAGAUGUCCCCAAGAAGGAGAAAAAACGGUUUGGCUUUGGUAAACCAGCUUGUAGCAAGGAAACGCCUCUUACCAGUCCGGUUCGUGUUAUUGCGGGAAACAGAUCACCACUUCCGAGUUAUUACGGAAAAAGAAUGGAUGAGUCAGACGAGUCCCCCUCCUUCUCUUCCUCCGAUGACUCUUUCAAUGCAAACUUGCCCACACCACGUUCCACUUUACAUGGGAACGAAACUGCCCCGGGAAUCAAUUGGCUCCCCAUGUCGCCUUCUUUCGCUGUGUAUUGCAAGAAAGAUUGUUUCUCAUCAAGGAUCGAUCACCGUGAAGGUGAAGCUCCAAUUCUUGAUGAAAUGCCAUCUAAGACUCGGCUUAAGACACCUCUAAGUCCUGAUACUAGGCCAAGGAAAUCAGAACACAGGACAAGAAACCAAGGACCACGCUCAAAGACUCCAGAACCUAGAGGAAGUUACCUUGAACCACCCAGGUCUAGGAUCCCACAAACUCAGCCGGUACCACACAGAUCCCUUGAAAGUGCUGGUCUCAAAUCACCUCAGAAAGGUGAAACUCGGCCUCAUAUCCCCCAAACUCAGCCAACAUCCUUCAACAUCGGUGGUAACUAUCAUUACGCUGCUCAAGCAUCCAAAUAUCAUGCUAAUAAAGCGGAUUCAGUGUACACUAAAGACAGAGACAAAUGCGUUAUACUUUAUCCCGAUAUUCUUUUGUCCCCUCAAGAAAAUCUGACAUCAAGAUCCAUUACGGUAUUGAUGCUUCCCCAAAAAUCCCGUACACCACUAGACAAACAAUCGAAGGAGCCAUUACAGCUGCCUGUCGAAUGCCAUAGCUUUACUCCAUCUGAGAUCGAAUGCAUGAAAGCGUUAAAGAUUUACGAAACAGGAGAGGAAAUGAAGUCAAUGAUUUCAGAGUCGUAUGUCUCUGUAGGAAGCUACAAGGUCAGAGCGAGCGUCUCGUCCACUCUGCAGAAAAUCCUGGACAAGCAUGGAGACAUAGCGUCCGGUUCCAAACUUCAGUCACUGCGCACAAAAUCUUACUCGCUUGAGACUCUAGCCGCGGUGGUUCUUGAACUCCAAUCGACGCCCCUGAAGAAAUUGAAGCAGGCACGCGUGUUGGAAAUGCUAUCGGUUGUUAUAGACGCAGAGUCUGUUAAAAUCAGAGCUGGUUGGCUCAGGGAGAUCCUGAACGAGAUUCUUGAAGCGGCCCACCACUAUGAUGGACACGAGACAACGGUGGUGGAGAAGGAAGGGCGUGAACGGGAUAUGCUGCUUGAAAGAGAAGAAAUGAAGAAGAUACAGGAGGAGGUGAGAUUGAAGGAGAAGGAGGCAAAGGACUUUCGUAAAGGAGUCAUGGAAAUGGCAGGGCGUUUGGGAGAACUGAAGAUGAAGCGAGCGCGUUUGGAGAAACGCUUGGCGUUUCUGAGCUCCAAGGUGGAAAAGUUUGAGGGGGAAUCUUUGUUAGAGAACGUCUUUUGAUCAACCUUAUGCUUUUGUUUUGGUUUUUCUAGCUAGCAGAGAUGGGGUUUUAUGGUUGCAAUCAAAACAUGAUGUGCUAAAGAACUUAGAAGACAUGAAAUUUCUGAAAAUAGUGAAUGGAUUUAAAGACAAGAGUUUAUCU